AUCGCGUUGGAAAUUCUCGAAUUUAUCUGUAUUUGUUUUCGGUUUCCAAGCGGCCCGGAAUUAACGCGCCGCCUGGCGGCGAGAAUCGCUAUUAGUUUUUCAGGCGAAUCGAUAUUCUGCUCAAAUAUUGACUUCGCGAUUGUGAGUGGUGUCGCAAGCGAGUCCGUACAGUAGACGGCGAUGCUCUUUUAAAAAGCGAGUUCUAGCGAGUGAUAACGUCGAGUGUUUGGCCAGAGGACCGAUUAAUAGGAGUAUCUUGGAUGCGAGGAACAAGGAAGAUGCUGGCGGCCAGUGCUGUGUUUUUCGGAUUGACCCUCGGUCUCUCCCACGCGAACAUCCCAGCCCUCGAGUCGACACCGAGUUCCUUCAACAAUCAUGGAGUUCCACGACUGGAUUUGGAUAGUCUUGAAAGUGGAUAUCACGGUCUAGUGAAAGAAAAUGAAACUCUGGUGGAGGUGACGCCACAGAUACGAGCUUUGGGUGCCAAAGUCUGUUCUUUUCGUAUUGCAAAUAAACAUCAUGGUGAAGCACCAUUCGAGAUCGUUUUGAAAGAGAAAGGAAUGGCGGAGUUGAGAGCUCUGCGUGUUCUGAACUGCGAAAAACGGCGCAACUACAAGUUCGAUGUUCAAGCGAUUGGCUGCAAUGGAGCACUGUCGGAAAAUGCUACGGUGCACAUAACCGUGGUGGAUGUGAACGAGUACGCGCCCCAAUUUCUCCAACCGGCCUACGUCAGCACGGUGGACGAAGGUCGUCUGUACGAGGAAGUAGUCCGCGUGGAAGCAUCAGACAGAGACUGUACGCCAAAAUUCGGUGAUGUAUGCAAAUAUGAGAUCCUGACGGCCGAUCAGCCGUUCAUCAUCGACAACGAGGGAGCCAUACGAAACACAGAACCAUUGGACUACGAACGUUCCCACAAUUACAUACUGAGCGUCGUAGCGUACGAUUGCGGCAUGAAACAGUCUGCUCCGGCGAUGGUAACCGUAAAGGUGAACCGCGUGUGCGCGCCUGGUUGGAGGGGAAUCCCGGAAAGAGUGGACUACGCGGCUGGCGUGGGUUCCCAGCCGUUGCUUCCUUCAGCGAAAUUGGAUCUUUGCGAUGCUCCCUGCAUUUUGCGUAACGUCAGAGCCACCUUGACACUCGCCACGGACCACAUAGGCAAAGGUUGUGACCGCGACACGUACGGCGUGCGAAGCCAACGCAAAUUGUGCGGUGCUUCCCGCGACAGCGUCGAUUUGUUACCGACUCCCGGGCCUACAACCUUCUGGACAGCGUCUUUGUCCCGUGACGAGGGCAGAGAAGCUGACGAGAUCUUCGAAUUCGACGGCGUAGACUCCGCCGCCAUUAUACCUAGCGACGUACUCGAGCAUACUCUGGCGCAGAAGUUCACUAUUGGAGUUUGGGUGAAACACCGACCGCGUCCCAGACAGGACCCGCACGUUAAAGAACACAUUUUAUGCGCUGCCGACGAUCAUAAAAUGAAUAGACACCAUUACGCCCUGUUCAUUAGGAACUGCAGGCUGAUUUUACUGCUCAGACGCGACUUCUCGGAGGGUGACCCGAACAUAUUUCGUCCCGCGGAGUGGCGUUGGAAACUCGUUCAAGCUUGUGACGACAAAUGGCACCACUACGCCGUCCAAGUGGACUUUCCACGCGUGACGCUGUUAGUCGACGGAGAGGAAUGGCGCACGGACGAGAAGAACCCAGAAGUGAUAGACGAUUGGCCUCUGCACCCUGCCAAAGGCGUGAACACGACUCUGGUGAUCGGUGCCUGCUGGCAGGGUUCCGAUAACAAAACGAAACACCAUUUCCGGGGCUAUUUAGCUGGUCUCUCGGUCCUGGUUGGUCGAAACGAGAAACCGGACGUUCUGUCUUGUUUGCGUCGUUGCCAGGAAGGGAUCCGCGUGCCGUCGAUGGACCUUCUGCAACCAGGAACUCAGCUUCUUACCAAUUCCGACCUAACGGAAGUACGAAUCGACGGGGAUAAUCGUACCAACGUGGAGACGCUCCUCCGUCGUAUCGGGUACUCGAACUCGAGGCGGUUCCCCACGCCUGGCAGACGCAACUUCCGGCUGGAAACCACGAUCGUCUGCGAGGGUAGCGAGAAUAAUCCGCUUCCAGUGCCUACGGUCCAGUCCUACGUGACCGUUCUGCCUCCACCGCGACCGGGAAUAACCGUAAAUGGCACCGGAUACGUGGCCAGGGAGUACGCAGAUUUUCGUCUGGGCGUUCGGGUGUUCCCCGACGCACGCGUCACGGCCGGCUCCGCCGCCAGACUCGAUGCGUGCGCAGUGAGCGUCUACCCGAGCCUGAACCCCGAUCACGAGAGCCUGGGUCUGCCCGGUGACGCUCUGCGCAGAAUCCAUUCGAUCGCUGCACGUGUCGAUCGCGACGGCGUGGUCCUAUCCGGCGCGGACACACCCUACAACUACCAGCAGCUGAUUCGUCUGAUCAUGUACACCAAUCGCAAGCCGGCUUACUACCUGGACCGAGUGUUCAAACUGACCUGCUCGGAGCUCAGUGGCCGAUUCGCCAGCAACGAAUACGUUCAAACGCUCGCGGUUAUACAUCCUAAAGAGAAAACUACUUCUCUGCCGCAUUCGACCCCCGACGAGCCACCGGUAGCCAGAAUUCUAGACCCGAUACCAGGCCACGCUCAAUUGUCCCCCCACCACGUGGAUUUGCUCGCGGAAUAUUCGACGUCGGUUCUGAGGGAAAGUAAAAACAUCGAUGGUGCGGGAGGCAGCCACGCCGUGACUAUCGUGGCCGCUGCCUGCAUCUGUUUUCUGCUUCUAAUGGCCACCGUCGGGGCAGCCAGAGUCAGGGGCGCCGCGAAACGUCGGAGAUCGGCCGGGGAUGAAUUGGCUGCCGAGACGGAAAUGGCUUGGGACGAUUCCGCUCUGGCCAUUAUCGUCAAUCCGAUGGAAAGGCUCACGGAGUACGAUUCCCAGCAUCCUAACCAGAGAGAUGAGGACGUCGACGAUUCCGGAAGCUCGGAUUCCGAGGACGACGAUCUGGACAGCUCCGAUUAUGAAAACACUCCCGAGCGGAUGAACAAUCGGCAUCGUCACCACAACUCGCCCCACGACCUCGAGUGGGACCAUCGUGACGUUUAAAUUACUAUUCCUUUGCGCUCUCAUCCCCCCACCCCCCUUUUCUUCGUGCCGGCAAUUCAGCGGGGUACUAACUCAUUGCUUUACCACUUCCCCCCAUUUCCGUUUGGGUUUCGCCGAAGAUAAUUGCGUGUUUCUUUUUUUUCUUUUCUUUCUGUGCAAAUGAAAGAAUUUCUUCGUGGAAAACAAGAACUUCAUAUACUCAGCGGAGCGAAGAUUUUGAUCGUUUCAAGCCAAAUUUACAGUUUUAAAAACGAAACUUGGAACUGUAUGAGUUUGAUUCCACUGAUCGAUACGGUUUUUCAAUCUCUAAAAAUUAUUGAGCUGCUUAUGCUCUAAGCUCAAUGGUUCAAGAAUUAUUUGGUAAGCUACUUUGAUGCAUUUAAUGCAUCUAUGCAUCUACAAAAUUUACGGCAUAAGUAUCUCCAUACCUUUUCUUAGAGAUUAAACAAUUGCACUGAAUAGCCUGAUCAAAAUUAUGCAGUUUAAAAAAAGAAUACAGUUGAAUUGUUUUAACGCAUCGAUGCGUAAAAAUGAGUGAAACGAAGUUUUUUUUUUGUGCAUCGUUUGACGGUGUUUCAUUUUGCCUUAUGAUAUUUCUUCUUAUUCCUGAUCGUUCUAAAAGUAUACGUUUUCCCAAUUACGUGAAACACCGUGUAUACAUAUUUUCGUUUGUAGUUUUCUUAACGGAAUCAUGUACGUUUUUAUUUUUUUUUUUAAAUAAGCUUGCAAUUGAACUUAUUGGGAUAAACGGUUUUCCUUUAAAACGAAGUUAGUUAAAUGGUACAAAUAGAAAAAAAAACGCAAUUACUCUUAGGUCAAUCUAACCUCGUUUCUCGUUCGUUGGUAUUGUUCGGGUCUUGAUUGGAGUAUUUGAUUUCAGGCAACCGAUUCACCACCAUUACGAAAGGUUCGUGUUGUAUCCGUCCCCAAAUACAUGAAAUUGGAACCGUGAAAACGUUAACGCACCAAUUAGUUAGUACUCUUCUAAAAAGACCAGCAAAAUUUGUAAGAGUGCGGGACGCUUUAUCGAAUAGUUUAAAACGCGUAAAAGGAUUCAUUUUUUUUACCGUCGAUCUUCUCGGUAAAUAUUGGUAAACAAUUAAUUUAUAUUCACUCAUUAGUACUAAUUAUUAUUAUUAUUAAUAAUAUUACUACUCUUGUUUUCAUUAUUAUUAGUAGUAGUAGGACAGGGGAACUUUUUUUCUUUUUAUACUCUUAAUUAUCUUUUCCGCCAUUUAUUUCUAUUCUACCGUUAGUAUUACAAAUUCUAACGCUGACUCUAUAUACAUAUAUAUAUAUAUAUAUAUAUUGUCAAUCAGGAUUUUUCGUUUAUACGGUAGGACGGCCCGAUAGAUCGUGAUCUGACGGUUUUUCAAGACGUAUUCUUCCUUCUAUAAAUAUAAAAUGAAUUCUUAAGUCUACGUUUGAUCUCAUAAAUAUAUCUUUUGCGUAUUCAAGGAAAACGAUUUUUCUAAAAGAAGAAAUUAUCACUUUAUCGAGUAAUUAUGCAAAUUAGGAGAUUCACCGCCCUCUCGAGUGGUACUAUAAGCAAAACAGUUCGAAAUUUGGAGAAAUGUAAGUGUAGGUUAGGUUCCCUAUAUUUUUUAUUUUAUACUCGACGAACAAAAGAAAAUCUUUAUUUCAAGUUUAAAGCGUUGUAGUUUUAGGAAUUUUUCAAUAAGAAAAAAAGAAUAUAGA